AUGCAACAGAAUGUGCUGGACAUGCCAUUAAGCAACAUCCGCUACGUCAUGACGGAUUUUACCAAGCAGAACCUGAAGUUCUGGAAGACGCAUCCCGCUUUCGUGCCGUUCGUCAAAAGUGGCAUCCUGAAGUUCGCCAUUUUGACGCGACCUCCAACUCGGAGCUGCGUCUACUUUUGUCUGGGACUGUCAUUCGUCCUGGCGAGCUACACCAUCCAAUCUGUUUGA